AUGAGUUCCUCCGAUGUGUCAAUCACGCUGUCAAUAUCGCAGCUUCUCCAAUUCCAGGUCGUUGCAGGACUUGUCGACAUGCAGCCCAACCUACAGCUCAAACCAACACCUCAGCCGACCUUCGCGCCUGUAUCUUCAGAACUGUCGUCGGUCGACAUCAAGGUCGAGACGCAGUACGUUGGCGGCCAGCGUGUACUGCGCAUCUUCGCCUUACCCAGCCCUGGCCAUCCGAACUUCUAUAAUACCCCUUCGUCCUUUCUCGCACCACCGACUUCAAAUCCUCUUCAGUGUUUGACAUCCGGCAGUGCAAAUGCAAUGUCGGACUGCGCUUCAACGGCUACGUCACCAGACGACUUCGACUCCUUCACUCAAGAUGAACUCCUUGGCAGCUACAACAACAUCUUUUCUACGUCAUCGGCAUCAACGCCAGAGAAAACUGCGCCGAACUGUCUGUCGCUUCCCGAACACCAAUGGCAGCCGUCGAUGAAUACUACAGCCUUACAAGCUUGUCCAUAUCUCAGCAUAGCCAACUCACCACAAUAUGUCGCCCCCACCUCGCCACCCUAUUCUAUUCCUUCCACCGCCAGUACACCGACUUUCUCGACACCCGCUGAGGAGGAUACCACGGGCCCUCGCAAGCGACCUCGCCGAUUCCCAUGCCUGGAUCCAUCGUGUCCACGGAGAUUUGCAAACCAGUACACUCUGCAGCUUCACAUGACGACGCACCAGGAAAUUCGCAAAGAGCCGUAUCAUUGCGAAAUGGGGUGCUCAGAAACCUUUUCGCGGCAGCACGAUCGUCUGCGCCAUGAAGUCGCUCGGCACGGGCGGGUAUCGGAGUGGACGUGCAACCGGUGUAGACAUGUGUUCUCCACUCAGUCGACGCGAAAUAAGCACAAGUGCCCGGAUCUUAUCCCUGCCGAUAACUAUCGUUCAUGA